CUAACCGCCAUGGGAGAAGAUUGCUUGGUUGAAAUCCCUCGAAACGAUUGGGAAGAGUGGCGUGAUUUGUACAAGCGUGAUUGGCCGCGUCAUGAGAUAGCAUUUAACUUGGUGCAAAACUACAUCGAUUGGUCGAAGCGCGAUCGUAAAAUUAAGGACCUGGUACUGUACAGCCUCAAUGGCAGCUGGCGAGAGAACGGCACGUUUGUCAUAAUUGAUCGAAUCGAAUUGUACAUGUACACGCUGGACGAGUCAUUGGAUACGCUGCGCCGGGCACUGGAGCUAGUCGAUUGGGACUACUACUACGUGGCCAUUAUGUGCCAAUAUGAAGCGUUGCUCUACAGCACGUAUAAGAAGCUAAAUGUCCGUUUAGCGAUAGCACGCGCAAAUAUUAUGUAUUUCCUGCCCAAGGAGGAGGGCUUAAAGGUGAAUGUGACGAUACCGGAAGGUCUCCGCGUGGGACCACUACAACCGCAUCAUGCCAAAAUUAUUAACGACCUGUGGCCACACCGAGAAACUGGCACGGAGUUUACCCUGGAGCGGUUAAUUCGUUGGAAUCCAUCGAUGGGUUUGUUCAACGAGCAUGGAGAUCUGCUUGGCUGGUGUUUAUUCACGCAGCCUGGUGUGAUAGGAUCGUUAGGAGUAAUAGAACGGCGCAAAGGAUACGGCCGAAUUGUUUUGCAAGCGUUCGUCAAACAGCUGGCCGAAAUGGGCCACAACCUGUACGCUAGUGUUUUGGUGGAAAAUGAACCAUCGAAAGCGCUGUUUGAAAGUAUCGGAUUUAAAAAAAUCAAGGACACAACCUGGAUUCGAAAUUGCGAGCGAAAGUUUGUGGAGUGGAGUUCUGGAACUUUCAGCACCUAA